AACUUUUUUUUACAUAACCUGGAAAAUCUGGUAUAGUCUAAUUUAUAUAUAUGCUCCGGAUCCGGAUAUAUACUCCGGAAAAUUAGGGGAAAUAACAAGAGUUUUCCCAUUCUGGUUUUAACAAAAUUUUAAGUAUUAAAAUGAGGAUUUAGAAGUACCGGUGCGCUUUUCUUUUACAAACAACCAACGAAUCCUUUUGAGAUUAACGUUUCACCGGUUCACGAGUGACAUUUAAUCCAAGAGAUAUGAGUGUUUACGUUCGAUAAAUAUUCGCAAUAAGGUAUGCGUUGCUGGUUAAACUCCAAUUAAAAGUACCAUUCAUAGCUGAGCAAUAGAGACUCCGUGAAAAACGAAGGCCUCCUAUUUUAGCCAAUGGAUUCCUCCAAAGACAGUGAUGUAUCUUCUGUAAUAAAUGAUCCGCAAGCUGGACCCAUAUCAAUAUUGUCCAAAGCUAUUAAACAAUCAAAGAUCAUAUUUAUUGGCACUUAUCUAGAACGGCGCUAUGUCAAAAGUCUCCGAGCAUACAGAGACAUUGUUGUGGUGGAUAACAAUGAACAAGAACUAUUCAAAUGUUUGGAAGAAAUUCAGAAGAUCACUCAACAGCAAUACAGAACUAACAAAUGGCUUGGCAUAACUUGCGAUGUGAAGGACAGUGUGAUACAAAAUUAUAAUUUGUGGGUCGAAUUAGAAGGAAUCCCACUUGGUCGGCAUUGGUUUCAAUUGAAAUCGAUUAAGAUAAAGGAUCAUUCGAUUCAGCCUCAACUAAGGUACUUGAGGGUAGCGAAUCCAUCGAAUGAACGAAGAUCUCUGACCAUCGACGAUUAUCCAGAGAUUGAUUAUAGAGCGUUACUGUCGUACGAAAAUGCUUGGGGCGCGGUCAAAUUUUUAGCAGUAUUUGUCAUAAGUUUCUUAGCAUUGGCUUGCAAUGCGAUUUGGUAUCUCGGCGAUUACAGUAUAAAACUGACCCAUGAAUUGUCGGGUAUGAUACGAGCAUGCACGCCCGUGCUCUUCGGUAUUAUGGAUUUUUUUUCAAAAUGUGUGGGCGGUUUUUAUUGGUUGAUUUACAUGUUGUGGCGAGGUAAUUCGGUGCCUCCUUACGAUAUGAGACCUUUGAUGCAGUCGAAUAACCAACGAGCCAUCACUUAUCAUAGACCGCGCGCCUAUAAAUAAUCUCAAAAUGUCAUUUUUCCUUCGAGAGAGCCGGAAAAAAAAGAAUUUCUCGAGAAUCGUUCGACUUAUUUCGAAACACGUGCUUGGAUCGCACAUAGCGUAUUAUGUUUGGUAAAUAAAUAUUCGGUAUGAUUAUAUACCGCGUGGUUUUUGACGGAGAACUCAUGAUCAUACGUUUUUACCUUUAACUACGGAAUUUUGUAAAAUAAAUGCUUGUAUAAAAAUAUAUAUGUAUAUGUAUACCGUGAACAUGAAAUACACAACACGCUUCGAUGAUGAUCAUCGAAAUAAGCAGUAA